AUGUCAGAAGAUAACAAGCAACAAAUUCAACCCCAAUCACAAGCACCAACCCCUCAGCCUGGUACUCCAUCCGGUGAAGAGGAGAAGAAAGAAAGAAGAAACUCUUAUCAUGAUCCGUUCAGUGGUGAUGAAGAGAACGAGAAUCGAAGUGAACAAGGUGGAGAUGACGAUGUGAGGGAUGAGGGUGAAGGGGAGGGUGAUGAAGAGAAGGAUGGCGGAGAAGACAAACAAGAUGGUGAAGAUGAUAAGAGAGAAGCUAGUGAAACAGGAGACAAGGAAGAGAAUGAUCAAAUCAGAGAAGACGAUGAAUCUUCUCAGCAAGAGAAAGAUGAAGAGGAUGAUCAAAACAAGAAUGGUGAUCCUUCCCAUGAUACCAAACAAGACAAUUCACCCGACCAAUCCAAAGAUACCGACAUUCAAGAGGAUGAUACCAACAAUCACCAUGAUGAUACCUCACCUUCGGCUGAUAAAGACGGUCAUGGUUCUUCCUCACCCGAUGAUCAAUCUGAUACUCCCCCUACGUCUACCUCCAAUAACGAAGGGUCCGCCACACCCCCUCAGCCCAACAAGAACGACAGCACCCAAAAAUCAGCCAACGUCGCUCACGAUUCACAAGGUCGACACUCCAAGUAUUCCGACAGAGAAGAUAAACUCCGUGAAUUCGAGCAUUCCAAACCCUCCAAUUUCCCCGAGAACGACCGAGAACAAGAAUUGCAAAGAGUCGUCAAUCGUAAACCUGGUUCGAGGGAGUUACAUCAAAAAGGUCAAGGUAGACCGAAAGAUACUCCUUCAACAGAGUAUGAAGCUCAAGAUCCUUCCAAGCAACAAGGUCAACAAGGUUUGGGUGGUGUGACUGAUAAUCUGGGAAAUCUUGGUGGUGCCACGGAUCAAUUGGGUAAUCUCGGUGGAGUCACAGACCAACUUGGUAAUGUAGGUCAAGUGGGUGAUAUUGGUGGACAGGUCGGUGAUCAAGUUGGUGGUGUAGCUGGACAAUUAGGAGAUCAAGUAGGAGGUGUGGCAGGACAACUGGGUGAUCAAGUAGGAGGGGUAGCAGGACAAGUAGGUGACGUAGCUGGAGGAGUGGGUGAUACUGUAGGGGGAGUAACCGAUCAAGUAGGUAAUGUCGCUGGAGGUCUUGGAGAUACAGUCGGUGGAUUGGGUGAUCAAGUAGGUCAAACAGCUCAAGGUUUAGGAGAUACCGUUGGAGGGAUAUCAAAUGGUUUAAGUGAUACUUCCAAACAAUUAAGUAAAUCUGUUAAGAACGUUGGUGAUAAUGCACUCAAACCGCUUAAACAGAAGGGAGGCCUGUUGGGAGGAAAGAAAGGUGGUUUGUUAGGUAAAGGUGGUGAGGGCGACGAGGAGAAUGAGAAAGGAGCGUUGAAAAUUAGGAUUCAGUUGGAUAUCGAUGUGGAAGUUCAUCUUAGUGCGAGAGUUAAAGGUGAUAUCACGAUUGGGCUGUUGUGA